CUCUACCCCAGAUCCCCCGCGCCCGGCGCGGGCGCGCCUGGCGGUUCCGCGUUUCCGCCAUGUCGCUGUGCACCGUGGUGGAGAUCGCCUUGCAGUUCGAGAGCUUUCGGAACAUCGACCUCUUCCACCAAGGCCUUUACCACCUGAAGACCCGGAUCUACCGGGAGGACGAGAGUCGGGGCCUGGCGGUGCCCUAUGGCUACCUCAAGGGCCCGACGUUGGUGGAGCCCGUGAAGGGCAAAGCCCCGCGGGUGGACCACCACAACCUCAUCCCCGCCCAUCUCAACGAGGAGAUGUACACCUACUCCACGCGGAGCUUCCUGAUCCGGUACUGCGAGGAGGAGGUGGAGCUCGGGGACGUGGGCCAGUUCCGGGUGGAGCUGAGCCCGGCCGAGCUCGAGCGGCGGCAUCCUCUACUGCUAGAGGUGGAGCUGAUGUUCGCGGACCUGACGCAAGCCGGGGAGAGCCUGGGAGAUCAGCCCGACGUGGAGUCUGCGGAGUUCCGCUGCGUGUCCACGCAGAUCCUGCGGCUGCGGGGGGUGGAGAGGGGCCUGCACGACUUCUGCCCCGUGGUCUUCGACGAGUGCCACUUCUGCCUGCUGAAUCUGGCGGUGCAUAGCGCGGUGGUGGACCUGCGGUUCCGCCUGCGGCCCCAGCAGGCGGUGGCCAAGCCAAAGGUGGCCGGCCCCGCGCCCAGGAAGGAGGCGCAGGCGCGGGGACGCGGGGACGCGCGUCUCUUCGUGACCGACUCAACUCGUGAAACUUCUGUCGCCAUGGCCCGCUCUCCGGCGAUCGCUCUGCUCCUCUUCGGGGCUCUGGCACUGCUUGCCAGGCGCACGGCCCUGGGCUUCGUGGGGCCUCGGCCCACGUCCCGCAGCCCCGCGGUGCUUCGCCGCGCCGAGGAGGGCGAGGAGGAGGAGGUGGAGGAGUACGUGGCGGCCGAGGGAGACCGCCUGAAGCUCAAGGUCCUGUCCCCGGAGGGCGACGGCAUCUCCGUGGCCUGCUCUGAGGUUGUGAAGCAACAGUUCGAGCAACGCUUUCAAAACAGCGUUCAAACAAAAAUGGUGAAUGUCAAGCCCUGGCCCUUUGAAACAACUGUGGUGCAUCGGGCCCUGCAAGUUGUGGAAACUUGGUAA